UCCCUCUCUGCCUCUCUCCAAUUAAUACGUGAUGAGCAGCUAACUAGCUAGCCUCGGAUCGAUGAUGGGUUCUUGAUUAUCAGCUUCUUUUCCAUGGGAGAGAAAGCUCGCUGAGAAGAAGGCCAAAGCAAGGAAGAGAUAUGCAGAUGAAGGACGUGGUGGGCGCAGCGGAGAAGGAGGGUCCUCUUCCUCAUCUCCCUCCUCCAGAUCAGUUGGUGGACAAUAGAGAUGAAGAGAAGGGGUUGCGUCCAGCACAUCAGCUCCUCCUAGCUGCACUGGAAGAGAUGGGAAACUCACAGGACAACGCCAUAGAAGGUGGAAAUGCUCUUGUGCCAGUCGGUGGUAUAGAAAUGGGGAUUUUCCAACAAAAUCUGCCAGUUGAGAAUUGCGCGAGUAGCACCGCGACCGUGAGCAAAGGGAGAAAUAUAAAACUGAAAUUUGACCUCAAGGUGUCAGUAAUCCUCAUCACAAUCUCCAUGAUCCCACUGAUCGACAUACUCUGCCUCCAUGGAUCCGCUGCUAAGAUAGAUCUGACUCUGAAGCUCUCGGCAUUCUUCGCUUUCACUGCCUUCCUAUCUGCCAUCAGCCUCUUGUUCCACACCUUGAAACUGAUGGCCAUUAAAUCAGCACGGCUCAUCCCCAAGAACCUGUCCAGGGCUUCUAAGAUCCUCUUCGCCAUAGGCGCGGCUUCGCUCUUCUUGACAUGCAUAUCGAUCACCUAUUCCCUCCUACCCAAGGGCAAGGCCUACUACUUCCUGCCUCUUGCGUUGCUCCCGUCACUCCUUAUCGCCGGAUUUCACUUCCUCUAUUGCGCUGAUACUGAUCACGGGGAGAUCAGUUCAGCGCAGAGCAAAGCUCGCAAGAAGGAGGUAAAGCGCGCAACCCAGCUCAUCUUGUCGCUGGUCUCGACGUCCUUCUCUGGAUUCAUUGGUGUUGUCUUUGCCAUCUACCACAAGGCACCUAGCCUAGGCGCAGCCUAUUCGCAAGUCGAAGUCCCCGUCUACCUCUUGCUCGGCGCAGGCGUCGCCGGAAUCUUGGCAUUGCUGCUGUGCAGGAUGCUCUGCGGCAAUGGCGAUUGCCGGCGGUCGGGAACAUGGCAGAGGGCAAUACUCUCUGCAGCAAACAUCGUCAUGAUUGCCGUUCAUGUGUCGGCUAUCCUCAUGAUCGCCGAAACUAUCUUGCACGGGCUACUAGUAGCCGCCGUGUUCCCAGUCGUCGCCGGGGCUUCCGCAUGGCUGGUCGUCGAGUUCUUCACCGCAGCAGGCGAGGACGGUGGGUGCACGGAGACGGAGGACGGAAAGGCCGCGCAUGGCACGAUGUACGUGAUAGCGGUGGCGGUUGCCUCGGUAUCGUUCGGCGCCAUUCUAGCCAUCUUCGGCGGGCUGCUUGGCGGCGCGGUAGGCAAAGAGCAGCUGCAGGCGUGCACGCUCCUCCUGGCAUCAGCAUUCGUCGCCUCGGUGAGCUUGGGGGUGCUCACGUUCGGGACGGCGCAGGCCGAGAAGACGAAGGCGAGCACGGCGUUCGCGGCGACGGUGCUGGCGUGCUGCGGUCUUGGCACGCUCGUGCUCGCCGCGCUCGCUCUCUUCUAUCAGAUCGCAGCAUGA